GUUCAGAUUAGAAUGCCGCAUGCGUGCGCGCUUGUGUGUUUACGGAAGCGUGUUACUGGAAAGUGUGCGUCGAAAAAUUGAGAAAAGAGAGAAAAGAAAGGGAAGAGAAAAUCGAAAAAAAUGCCUUCCGAAGACAAAUCUCUUCCAAUAACAAUUGAGUUUGGAGGUGGUGCCGAGUCAUUGUUUGAUAAAAAGAAAAAACACGAGGUUAACUUACCUGCUGGCGAAUGGAAAUUGAAACGUUUAUUAUAUUGGAUAAAAGAUAACCUAUUGAAAGAACGACUGGAACUUUUUAUGCAAGAAGAUACCGUACGACCAGGGAUUCUCGUUCUCGUAAACGACACUGAUUGGGAAUUAUUGGAUAUAAAUUAAAGAGGAUAUCAGGAAGGAAGGAAGGAAGGAAGGAAGAAAGAAAGGAAGGAAGGAAGGAAGGAAGGAAGGAAAGAGAGGAAAUGAGGCUAAUCUCCGAUAUUAAUUUUUCUACCUCGUGCAAACAUCGAGGGUAAGGACGUAACGUGAAAGAAUUUAAUCUUUCCCGAUACGUUAUUUAGACUUCUAUUACUAUAGGUACCAAUACACAAACUAGCUACCGUUCAACUCUCACCACCAAAUUCCUUUGGCAGAUUUCUUUCGUCGGCGCUUAAACCACAUUUCAAAAGUUAAAUUGCAGUAGAUAUUCUCUUGAAGUAAUUCAUUUUCGUAACUUGAUUUUCAUGGAGAUUGGAUUCUUUUAAUUUUAUUUUUUUCUUUCUUCCGUGCGAUUCGAUAACACGACAAACGUUAAGGACCGAACGAAAAGACAAUUUCUUCUCUUUUUUCCUUUUUUCUUUACUUUUUUUUUUCGAUAGUAAUUACGAACGGAUUCGUGCGAGAGAGUGAGAAAGAGAGAGAGAUCUUUUUACUUCCUAUUGGGUCGUUCCUUCGUCCGAAUCGACUGAAUUAAUCAGGAGGAUUCAUAAUGGUCGUCGUAAUCGAGGAAAGAUCGUGUAAUUUUUAACGACGAGGAUAGAAGAUAUGAUUCGUUUUACUUAAAGUGGCUCUGGUAUUACUACUAGUCACAAAAAGCAUUAUCUCGUUAUCCCUCUUGUCGGUUUUCUCUUGUUAAGAAGGAGGAAGGCGUAAGUAGGAGGGUAGAGUAGGGGAGGAGGAGGAAAAGUGGAAAAGGAGUUGAAAAGUGUAAGUAACCGACAAGGAUAAUUUCUAUUUCUCGUUCGGUUUGUUCUUCGGAGUAUCCUAACACGUUACCACGCUUUCUUCGCAAGGAGAAAUGCUGUAAAGUAGAUCGCGAAGAUAAGACAAAUUGAAAGCCGAACAGAUGCCGAGAGAAGAUGCCCAAGUGGCAUCGUUGGGUGUUGCUAGGCUACUAGUUCCUUUCUAUCGAUGAGUGAAAAAGAGAGGAAAAGA